CUUUUUACAUGAAAUUCACAUUCACAAAUGAUUAAUUUACCGUCCAUGCCGUUUCACAGAAAAUUCUCUCCCUUCCUUCCUUGACCUCUGGAUGUGAUGUUGAUGUAUUAUUACGUGUGUAACGGGCUCUGCAUUCAGGAUCUCUCUCCUCCUGUUUCUAUGGAGACCAGAGAGCCAAUCAGCUGCCUUGGCCGUGGACUGUACUAAAGGCUGCAGAUGGAGGAGGCAGAGCAUGUCUUACACAUUAAGGAAUCUCACACACACACACACACACACACACACACGUUACCUCAGCAGCAUCUUUGAAUUUCUGUCCUUGUCAGUGCAUGCUCCCCCGCAGCAUGUAACAAUCCACAUCUUGCUGAUGUAAGUGCGUGAUGCGCGUGUGACAUCACGGCCCAGGACGCAGCGCUGUAGUGUUGUGAGCAGUCUGAAUGAGCGAGCGUACGGCACACGCAGACCCACGGCCAUGGCACACAGACUCAGUAUGAUGUAUGUAAAUGCUUUGCACCAGUACUGCUGUCCCGCGCCGUUGCGCUCUAAGCAGCUAGCUGUACCUGCUCCUCUCUCUGAGUGCAGGGAUGAUAAUGUGCUGCAUCAGUUCUGCUGUCCUCCAUCUGGAAGCAGCAGUCCUUCAAGAUAGCAGGAAUGACAUCUCCUGUUCAGCCAAGGAUCUGUCCUCUCUCACAAAGCGUUCUUCCAAAAGAGCUACAUCAUCCAUCCAUCCAUCCAUUCGUCUCCUGAGGGAACAGUGUGUUUCUCUGGGGAAUAAACGUCACUGUGUGUGCCGUUGCGUUCACAUAUAGGACAGAUGGAAAUCUUUCUGCAGUAGUUCAUUUACAAGCGCAGUCCAUUAACGCUGGAAGAACACAACUGUAGCGCUAGAACUAAUACAGUCGAGUGUUAGUCAACCUCAAACGUGUACCUCUGAUACAAAGAUAGAUAGCUAAAAGUGUAUUAUGCACAGUGUGGAAGAGUAAAAUGAGUGAAAGAGCAAUUUCAUUCAGUACUCAGAGUGAUGCAUGAAAUGAAAAAGCAAUAUCUAUUUAAGAAUCAAUUACUGUAUCACAGCUGUAUCUGCUUUGCCUGAUAUCAGUAGCUUAUUGUCUUGAACAUGUAACAAGAUUCAAAUUAAAAGUUUCAUUUUUGA